UCUCGGCAUUUUUUUUAGCGAGCAGUGCAUCCAGGAUCCAAAAAAGAUUUUUUUUUAAAAAAAAAGAAAAGAAAAGAAACACACACACAACCUCCUUCAGUCACCCACCAGUGCUCUGGAAUCACACAACUGGACAUCAAGCAAAGGGGAUUCAUCAGGAGGGCAAUUUCAGAUCGAGAUAAAUCUGUUGGAUUAGUAGGAUUAUCUGAUUGCAGCUGAAAAGAAGUAACGUUUGAUCAUUUCUAUUUCUUGCCUGAUGGUCGGAUUUAAAUGGAGGUGGCUUGCUACACAGGAUGAUGAAUUCCGGAUGGGGAUUUUUUCGCCCCAGUCUUGGGCGAGGAAAAAAAAAAUUAUAUAAGUCAAUACAAUUUGGAAGUGUCCGGGGGAUGAUUUAAAAACCCGGGGGUUACAGCUGCUUUAGAAAGGGAUAACGACUCGAAUCCAGUGAAUUACAGGUUUAGCUGUGAUUGCAAAAAGCCACUGUGAACUGGAUAUAGACCUGCAGCUAAUUGGAUUUGAUUUAUAAAAGGGGAAUCUGCAGUAGAUGGCCGCUCUCUGCAUAUUGCCACUAUGGAAAACAGAAUUGUCAAUAGGAUGUAGGCUGAUAAACAGUGCUGUGUGAAGAUGCUGCUGUGAAAUCAAUGGAAGAUACUUGUCGUGCGAAAAGCCUUUUGAGAUUUUUCUGACAGGCUCAUAUUUAGGAAACUUGAUCCAUUUUCUGCGGUUGCCUUGUUUUUACACAAGUGGAUACAAAUAAGAUUGCUUCAUUGUAGCUAUACAACUAAUGUGGGACCAUGGCCCUUCCAAGAUCCGUGUGGCUGAACUGUGUAUGGAGAGCGAUGAUGGUCCGUUUAUUACACAUGGGAUUGGAUGCCACUUUUGUUCUUUGUAUACUUGGAUUUUUGCUUCAUGCUGCAGCUGUGUCCUCACAAAAAUUGGAUGAUAUUGACCCACUUGUGAACACGAACUUUGGCAAGAUAAGAGGGAUUAAGAAGGAACUUAAUAAUGAAAUUUUGGGGCCUGUUAUUCAGUUUCUUGGGGUUCCGUAUGCUGCCCCACCAGUAGGAGAGCAUCGCUUUCAACCUCCUGAACCUCCAUCUCCCUGGUCAGAUAUCAAAAAUGCUACUCAGUUUGCUCCAGUGUGUCCGCAGAACAUUAUAGAAGGCAGAUUGCCUGAAGUCAUGCUUCCUGUGUGGUUUACUAAUAACUUGGAUGUAGUUUCUACCUAUGUACAAGAUCAGAAUGAAGACUGCCUCUAUUUAAAUAUAUAUGUCCCAACUGAGGAUGUCAAAAGAAUAUCCAAGGAAUGUGCCAGAAAACCCGGCAAGAAAAUUUGUAGAAAAGGAGGUCCCCUUACAAAGAAACAGACAGAUGAUUUAGGUGAUAAUGACGGUGCUGAAGAUGAAGACAUUCGGGACAGUGGGGGACCUAAGCCAGUGAUGGUGUAUAUUCAUGGAGGAUCCUACAUGGAAGGCACUGGAAAUUUAUAUGAUGGCAGUGUUCUGGCAAGUUAUGGCAAUGUGAUAGUCAUCACAGUCAACUAUCGCCUUGGGGUACUUGUGUAG